UGUGAUGAUUCUCUUCACCUAUGAGAGAGAAAAAGAGUAUAACACAAUAAAAUAUGAUCUGAAGAAAAACCCUGAUCUGGAGCAGCUGCUGGAGAAAUGUGGAGGAAGAUAUCAGGCCUGCAACAAGAUGAUGAACAACCAAUCAGAGAUGAGAGACCUAAUGAAGAAGAUUGAGCAUCUGUUUAAUGAGAAUCAACAACAGCGUUACACUGGAGAGAUGUUCAGCACAGCAUCAAUCAGGAAAAAAGAGCUGGGAAACAGUGAACAUCAGAGUGGCAAGAAUUCAGUUCUUUCUCUGACGUCUAUUUCAAAUGUUGUUACAUGUUUCUAAUAUAUUACUGAUUUUUACAGAGUUUUUUUUUUAUUUAUUUAUUUUUUUUUUUAAAGGCCACACAUCAGAAAUGGAAUCAAAUGCACACCUGAACUUCAUUUUACUGGGGAAAAAACAAGUUGGGAAGAGUGCAUCAGGAAACACAAUACUGGGACGAGAAGUUUUCAGAUCAAAGAAAAGCUCCAAAUCAGUCAUUAGAGAUGUAGCUGUGAAAUCUGGGACUGUUGAUGGGUUUCCAGUCACUGUUUAUGACACACCUGGAUUCUAUGACCCAAAGAUGAGUACAGAAGAGAUUCAGAAGAAACUGGAAAAGGUUCUCCAGAAAUGUGAAUCUGGUCUGUGUGCAUUUUUGCUUGUUAUCAAAGCUGAUAGUUUCACUGAAGAAGAGAUAAAAACUGUGGAUAAGAUUGAGAUGCUGCUGGGAGAAAAACACUUGGAAAAAACCUGGAUUCUCUUCACCAGAGGAGACGAACUACAAGAUGAAAACAUCACCAUAAAUGAAUUCAUCAACGAGACUGAAGCACUGAAGAAACUCAUUCAGAAACAUGAUCAGAGAUACCAUGUGUUCAACAACAGGGCAAAAGAACAUAGUGACCAAGCUCGAUUACUGCUGGUAAAAAUUCUCCAGAGAUCAUUUGGAGUAAAGGGUGAAGGUGGACUGAGACGAAUUCAUGUCAGUCCAAACACUCGAAAUGAACCAGACACUCCUGUCUCCAGUCUCUCAUUCAGACGGAUUGUUCUUCUGGGUAAAACUGGUGUUGGGAAAAGUGCAGCAGGAAACACAAUCCUGGGAAGAAAAGAGUUUAGAUCUGUGCUGAAUAUGAGUUCAGUAACCCGUGGAUGUUCAGAGAAACACGCCACUGUUUCAGGCAGAUCUGUGACUGUAGUUGAUACUCCUGGAUUCUUUGACACACAAUUGAAACCUGAAGAGUUAAUGACAGAGAUAGCAAGAAGUGUUUAUUUAUCCAGUCCUGGACCUCAUGCUUUCCUCAUUGUGUUCAGAGUAAUUGACAGAUUCACUGAACAAGAGCAGCAGAUUCCUCAGCAGAUUGAGAUGAUGUUUGGUCAGGAGGUGUUACAAUACUCCAUCGUUCUCUUCACCCAUGGAGAUCUGCUGAAAGGACAAAAUAUACAGAACCUCACUGAGGAUAACUGUCAAUUAAGACAUCUACUAGAACAGUGUGGAGGCAGAUUUCACGUCUUCAACAAUGAAAAUCAGAAUAGCAGAAAACAGGUGAAUGAUCUACUGCAGAAGAUUGACACAAUGAUAGAGCAGAAUGGAGGAGGACACUACAGUAAUCAGAUGUUUGAAGAUUCUCAGAAAUACAGACAAGAGGAAGAAAAGAGAAGACAGAGAGAGCAAGAGGAGAGAAAACAACAAGAAGAGGAACAAAGACAAGAUGCGACUGAGAGAAUGUUAAAUGAGGAAGUAGAAAGACAAAGUGAAAACCCUGAAUUUAAACAAUUUAUAACCAAGUAUCAGCCUACUUUUCAACUAUCAGCUUUUGCACUUGGACGAAAUAUGCUUGCUGGUGAAUUUAUUGGUAUGUGUAUUGGUGGGGCUGUUGGUGCAGCUUGUGGACUUAUUGGUGGCCCUGCUGGUGCAGCUGUUGGUGUAUUUGUUGGUGGAGCUGUUGGUGCAGCUGUUGGUGUAGCUGUUGGUGCAGUUGUUAGUAAAGUUAGGGGUAAUGUGUGACAGAUCCUCAAAACCCAGUUGCGGCAAAGAUUGUGCACGCUUCUGCCAAAUAACUUUAAAUAUAAACAUUCACAUGGUCCAGGGUUCCUUGUGAAAGUGUGGAGCUGUUGUUAUACCACACCAGUCCUUGAUGAGUAAAAUCACCUUGUUCAACAAAUGAAUGUAUUAAUGCAUUUACAGUUAUUAU